AUGGAAGUGCUUCAAUUUGAGGCCGUGAUGAUUGCACUACUUGUUGUGUCGGUACUGUUGCUGCGGCGGGAGCGCAGAAACCACUUGACCUCAUCUAAUACGCUGUAG